AUGCCGUCCUGCACCCAGGCCAAGGCACCGUCACGAGCUCAUAAAGUUUUGAUCGAUGAAGAAUGCGACCGUGACACCAUGGCCCGUGGCAACCAACGUGACUUGGCGAGAGCCAAAAACUUGAAGAAACAGCAGGAGGCGGCCAAGUCUCAGAAGAAGCAGGGCGACCCCAAAAAGCGCAUGGAAAACGACGCCGAGAUCUUGCGCCAGAAGCAAGCAGCGGGUACGUAUCUUUAA